GAAAUAAAACUAUUGCUGCUCAAUGGCGAAGCGAGGGCUGGCCUUAAAACAAAAAAAAAAGCCCUGACUGAUCAAUAGUUGGCCGGCUGCUGCGAAUUGCUGCAGUCUUCCUAGAGUAUUACCCAAAAAAGGAUUGGUGUGGAUUGACAAGUAACAAAAAAAAAGGGGCAAGCCAGGUGUCAGAUGAGCCUAACAGAAAGAAUCCAGGGCUGGGGGAUCUGCAAGAGCUGGAGGAGGAUGCUGCGGCAAGUCGUGUACUCAGGGCUGAAGGGAUGUUUCUACUGGUUGGGAUUAUUCGUGAGCAGACAUCCCGUCUUUUUCCUGACAGUGCCCUCCAUCCUGUCCAUUCUGUUCGGGGCCACAUUCCUCAAUAAAUUUCAGCGUGAAACUGACCUGGAGUUGCUGGCGGCGCCCAGGCACAGCCUGGCCAAGAUCGAGAGGACCCUGGUGAACAGUCUUUUCUCCAUCAACCAGUCGAAGAACAACCUGUACUCGGCUUUGCAUACCCCGGGCAACUACGGGAGGGUGGUACUCACCUCCCUGUCGGGCGCUGACAUCCUGGAGAGAGCGGAUCAGAUCUUGCAGAUGCACAAAGCCGUGUUGGAGAUGCGAGUCAACGGCUCGGGUUUCAGCUAUUCCUUCUCUCAUAUUUGUAUGUUGCGGAACAGAGACAAGAGGUGCGUGCUUGACGAUAUCAUCGAACUGCUGGACGAUCUGAAUCAAGCUGCGCUGGCUAACAACACGGGACCGAGGAAAUCCCUGCGCUACCCCAACGCCGAAUUAAAGGACGGCAGGGUGACGUUUAUUGGGCAUCAGCUUGGAGGCGUGAUCUUCAUCCCCAACAGUCGAGAACACCAGGUUAAAUCUGCCAGUGCAGUGCAGAUCACCUACUACCUACAAAGCUAUGGUUCUGCUUUACAAGAUAUUGCAGAGAAAUGGGAAACUGAAUUCUGUCAUCUCAUGCUUAAAUUUCAACAGGAGCACAGUGAUCUGAAGUUGUACCCUCUGACGUCUUCGGGUCUAUGGAAAGACUUCUAUAAGACCAAUGCUGUGGCCAGACUGGAGGUGGUGGUGAGCCUUGUGUUGGUUCUGAUUGCCGCCACUCUCACCAGCUCAAUGAGGGAUUGCCUUCGCAGCAAACCCUUCCUAGGACUGCUAGGAGUUGUCACAAUCUGCCUUUCCACUGUGACUGCAGCAGGGAUAUUCAUCAGCACUGAUGGAAAAUACAACUCCACACUCCUGGGAAUCCCUUUCUUUGCCAUGGGCCACGGAACUAAAGGAGUGUUCGAGCUUCUCGCUGGGUGGCGGAGAACAAAAGAGGAUUUACCAUUCAAGGAAAGAAUAGCAGCUGCUUAUUCUGAUGUGAUGGUGUCCUACACGAUGACAAGCUCGCUGUACAUCAUCACCUUUGGGAUGGGUGCAAGCCCAUUCACCAAUGUUGAAUCUGUCAAAAUCUUCUGUCAGAACAUGUGUGUCACAGUUCUAGUGAACUAUUUCUAUGUUUUCUCCUUUUAUGGCUCCUGCUUGGUAUUUGCUGGGCAAUUAGAACAGAACCGCUACCACAGCAUAUUCUGCUGUCGAAUUCCAUCACCUGAAUAUUUAGCGUCCAGGCCUGUCUGGUUUAAAACAAUGUUGAAUGAUGGAUUUCAGCAGCCCAGUGGCCAUGAAUGCGAUCCGUAUCAGAAACAUUUCAUUCAGCGCUUUCUGAGGGAGCACUACACUGAAUGGAUCAUUAAUACAUAUGUCAAGCCUUUUGUCGUGUUGCUAUACCUGAUUUAUGUGUCAUUUUCCUUUAUGGGAUGUUUACAAAUCAGUAAUGGAUCAAAUCUUCUUAAUAUGCUUGCAAGUGACUCAAAAAGUGUUUCUUUUACAAUAAUCCAGCAAAAAUACUUCAGCAACUACAGUCCAGUCAUAGGUUUUUAUAUUUACGAGCCAAUAGAAUACUGGAAUAUAACAAUACAGGAGGAUCUGCAAAUAAUCAGCAGGGGUUUCAUCAGAAUAUCAUGGAUUGAGCAUUACUUACAGUAUUUAAAAAAAAUCAAUGUCACUGUACUAACCAAAAGCGAUUUCAUCAACAUUCUAGCUAACUCAUUUUUGAAGCAACCAGAAUUUAAAAACUAUAUGGAUGAUAUUAUUUUUUCAAAGACAUCAGAAGAAGUCGAAAUCAUCGCCUCCAGAGUGUACAUGGUGGCUAGAACUGCAGAGAAUAUACAUGAAGAAAUGAUUGAUUUGCUGGAAACAUUAAGAAAACACUCUCUAAUUUCUAGAAUAAAAUAUAUAGUGUUCAAUCCAACAUUUGUUUUCAUGGAUCGAUAUAGUUCAUCCAUCACUUCACCAAUCCUGAACUCCAGUGCUAGUGUCUUGAUCAUUCUGCUGCUGACUAUUUUCCUGGUUAUCAAUGCAUUGGGUAAUGUUUGGGUGAUACUCAGCGUGAUCUCAAUGGAGUUUGGCGUGGUUGGACUGAUGACACUAUGGAAAGUAGAUAUGGACAGCAUUUCAAUCUUGUGCCUUAUCUACUCUUUGAACUAUGCCAUAGAUCACUGUGCACCUCUACUCUUUACAUUUGUAUUAGAAAAAGAACGCACAAGGACUGAAUGUAUCAAAAACUCUUUGGAAUGGAAUGGAGCAGCCAUCUUGCAGAGUAAUGUUUGUUUUCUGUUAGGGUUAAUGCCCCUGUUUUUUGUGCCUUCAAAUUUGACCUUCACACUGUUCAAAUGCUUACUCCUCACAGUCAUCUGUACACUGCUACAUUGCUUUGUAAUAUUACCUGUUUUUUUAACAUUUUUUCCUCCAUCGAAGAAACGACACAAGAAAAGGAAGCGUGCAGAAAUGAAAGAGGAAAUCGAAUCUGUGGAGAUACGAGAUAACUCAGGAAUGGUUGAUCACAUCACCACAGUUUGAGACCCUGGACAAAAAUUCACUGGAAAAAUCGGCAUCAGACAGAGCUGCAUAGCAGGUGGUUUAGCUCCCUGGUAAGGUUCAAUCCCACGAGCUUGUGCUGGCCUUUGGGUCAAAACAAAGGAAGCAUGGGAAAUCUGAAAUGCUUUUCACUGGAAAGACAAUCAGGAUAAGAUUUCAAAAGAACAAACCUGUUCCACCUAACACUAAAGGUGCAUUGAACGUGAAAUUAAAAAUAAAAUAAAAAAAUCAUUGGAAAGUUAUCAAUUAGAAGUUGAAGGUUUAAGAAAAAAAUAACCAUGUGCUAUAUCUUACCACCUUCAAUAUUUGACAGUUUCUUGCGUUGAUCUGGAAUGCAAAAACAUUGAAUAGAUUGGGAAGAGUUGCACAGGAAAGAUAUAUCUUUGCGUGAAUGUCUCACAAAUGGACCCUCAAUGAAGAAUUUUGCUAAUGGAAAAAAGCUAGUUAUCAGAAAACAUUCACAAUGCAAAGCCUUAUGCAUAAACGUUUUCCAUGAAGGUGUCUGGAAGACUUGCUUUGUCUUCCAUAGGUUCAAAUUAAAUGGCAAUUUUCGAUCAUUAUUGCUGAUAAUAGUAGGCAACACAAUUCAUUUUCUUCCCUCUUGUAACUAAGCCAAAGGGCAAUGAAGAACUGUGAGUCCACUCAAUAAUCAUGAGGUCUGUGUGAGAGGAAAUUAGCCAUUAUUUAUUAUAGAUUUUUAAAAGCUACACACCAUAUAUUCUGAUUGUAUAUUCAUUUUCGUCCAGCAAAGGUACUAGAAAUCUCAUUAAGUUAACCCUUUUUGUUGCAAAAGUGACCUCCACAAACUAUUUGUUAAAAUGGGUUGCUUAUUGUUUAAUGGACCUUGCAAAAUACGAUGCGCUCCAAUAGAAAAUAAUUGUCUAAAAUGUCAUGAGUGUAUAUUCCACAUAUUGAAGGAAUCUAAAAUAAAAUUUAAGAAUUGCUAAUAAAUGGUUGAAGAUGUUAAAACUCAGAUAUUAAAGUCAACAGACAGCGGGUCAAAUAAAAGAUAUGUAGGAAGCAGAUAAAUUAAUGUUUCAGAUAUAGAAGCUUCAUUAACUGAAUUGUUGUUAUUCUGUCUCCAUUGACAAAUGGUCUAUACUUGAAAUGUUAAUUCAUAGAUUCUCUGUUUCUCAGAAAGAAUCCCCAGCUCUGAUGUUAUGACACUUGCUUUCUCCUGCUCAGUUUUUCUGGCAUUUAUUACAAUAAUUGCUUUCAAAACUGCGAGUAUAAUGACAGCAUUUUCUUGCAAUAGAUUAUAUUAUUACUGCAGCAAAAUUAUUCCUAAAACAAAGAAAAUUAUCUUAUUCAGGGCACUGAAAUAUUGACGUUUUGCUGACAUACUCUCACAAUAGAUUAUUAUCCAAUUUACUGAAAUACUUUAAUGUUAUUAUUUAUAUGAAACAAAACCUGUACUUCUAGUUUAUCAUUUUUUUGACUCACAUAAAGCAGUUAUGUCUUUCACGUAAAUGUAAUGCCACGGGUUACAAUUUAAUAAUAGCUAUGUUUUCUAUUGCAUUUUCCAAGGUUAUUUUUGAAGUUUCUAAUUCCAUUGUUUAAAAUGAUUGUAGAACUAAUGUUGAUUUCAAAUGGAGAGUAAGUCAUUUAAAAACCAUUAUUUCCUUUUUUUCAUAAUAAGUUAUUCUGCUAUGUCGUUAAGUGAAUUUAUAGUCCAACAGUGAAAUUUUACUCUACGAAAUAGUUAACUAAAUUUUCCGCCCAGGAUCAUCACAAAUUUUCUGAAAUCUCUUAUUUGAGAAGCUCUUCAAUCCGAGGCCCAUGGAUACCCCUGACCAAAGUCUCAAAUUACUUUCUCCAUGAUCAUUCUCUUUUUGGCCUUUGAUACUGUCAACUCCACCAUUCUCCUCCACUGUGUCCCAAUAACCAUGCCAUCUGUUCAUAACUAACCAGAGAACAAAAGCAACACUUCAAAACACUUCACAUGGGAGCAUCCUAUAUUUUCCCCUUACUAUACACAUGCUCAACAUUGCAUUGUCAUCCGCAUACGUGGUAUCAGUUUCCACCUGUCAUCUCUCUCAACUUUUCACUGUCCCUACAAUGUAAGGCUGCUUGGAUAACAAUGGUUAUGUGACGAGCUGCAAUGUCAUCUAGUUAAAUUCCAUAACCUGGUUUUUGUUCAUCUUAUAUGUAGGAAGGAACUGCAGAUGAUGGUUUGAACUGAAGAU